UGCUGCUGAUGACGUCAUCACCAGCGCGCUCACUAGUCAGUCAGCAUCGAGUCUUCUUCUGAGGCGAGAAAUUCAUGUUCAGUGAAGCUCCUGAACAACAAUCACACAGUCAGUGAUUUCACCAAUAAAUACUGGAAUAUUCAUAUCAGCCUACAAGUGAAGACUAGCAUAAAAGCAUCAUAAAGAACUGAAAUCUACAAAGACUGAGUUUAUUCAAGAGGACAGAGAGAACAUGAGAGAUCCAGAACCCUGCAGAAUGAAACGCACUGAAGAUACCGAAGAACAAACAGAGUUGAUUGGAGAACAUCAGGAGAUUGAAGAACUGAGUGAAGUUGAGGAGCAAAAUCAUGUCAAAACUGGAGAAAAACCUCAGAGUUUCUCUCAGGAGGUUUUAAAGAAAAUAAGUGCUGAGAAAUCUUUCACCUGCACUCACUGUGGAAAGAGUUUCGCAUACAAACAUAGUCUUAAUGUUCACAUGAGAGUACAUACUGGAGAGAAACGGUACAUGUGUUCACAUUGCGACAAGGGAUUCAAUUGUCGGUCAGGAAUCCUGAAGGCACAUGAGAGGACUCACACGGGAGAGAAACCGCACACAUGUGAUCAGUGUGGGAAGUGUUUUGCGCAAAAAGGACAACUUACGGCACAUAUGAAAGUUCAUACGGGAGAGAAACCGUUCUCUUGUGAUCAAUGUGGGAAGAGAUUUGCACACUCAGCACACCUUAAGGUACAUAUGAACAUCCACACUAGAGAGAACCUGUGCAUGUGUGAUCAAUGCGGCAAAAUGUGUUUGCGGGCUUCAGACCUGAAGAUGCACCUGCAAGUUCAUACAAAGGAGAAGCCACAUCCAUGUCAUUUAUGUGGAAAAAGUUUUUCAUGUCUACAAAAUUUGAAAGUACAUCAGAAAAUACAUACUGGUGUGAGAGAGUACAUGUGCUUUGAGUGUGAAAAGACUUUUAUUUCAGCGAACAAUUUAAAACUGCAUCAGAGGAUCCACACUGGAGAAAAACCUUACAAGUGUUCACACUGUGACAAGAGAUUCAGUUGGCCAAGAAUCCUGCAAAGACAUGAGAGGAGCCACACUGGAGAGAAACCUUACAAGUGUUCACACUGUGACAAGACAUUUAGUUGGUCGGGAAUCCUGAAAAGACAUGAGAGGAGCCACACUGGAGAGAAACCUUACAAGUGUUCACACUGUGACAAGAGAUUCAAUCUGUCAGAAAACCUAAAAAGACACGAAAUGAUCCACACUGGAGAGAAACCUUAUAAGUGUUCAUACUGUGACAAGAGAUUCAGUCAGUCAGCAAAUCGGAUAAUACACGAGAGGAUUCACACUGGAGAGAAACCUUUCAAGUGUUCACACUGUGACAAAAGAUUCAGUGAUUCAAGAGACCUAAAAAGACAUGAGAGGGUCCACACUGGAGAGAAACCGUAUCAAUGCACUGCAUGUGGGAAGUGUUUCAAACAAUCAUCUGCUCUACGCAGUCAUACAAAAAACGUUCACUGUAAGUAGAUCAUCUUCAGAUCAGGACUUUCAGGUCUGAUGCCGCGUCCUCAACAAAUAUGACACAAUAAUGCAUCAAGCAAUAAAAUGUCAUCUGGAUAAAUCUGUGCUAACCAGUCAUUACAAGUGACAUGACAAAGAAACAUUAUCUAAACUUUUCACAGUGAAUAAAGUUCAUCAUCAUCUUUAAAACCAUCAGUUUCAACUGUGAGAUUCAGAUCAACUCAAAGAUGGAGUUCCUCCCCAAAGAACAAUGUCAAAAAGUGUUACUCUUGUGUAUCAUUUUGCUUCAUGACACAAGUCAGUGGUUCCCAACACUGGUCCUGGAGGCACCCCAACACUGCACAUUUUGCAUAUCUCCUUUC